UAUUGGCCGUGUAUUAGAAGUGAGCGGACGGAGAGUAGCAGGCGGCGGAGUCCGAGACGGGUCGAUAAUCGAAUCCACAAUGGUGACUCUGCGUGACAUAUUCGAACAGAUGCUCAGACAGAUGGAAGUAUUAAAUGAAGGAAUUGAACCCCAAUUCAUUCAGUUAGCUAAAAGCUUUGAAGAGUGUCGACGACUGUGGCAAAAGUCUCAGCUGGAACUGUCAUGUGCUACAGAGCGCCUAACGAAAGCUGAAACAGAGCGGAGUGCCCUUGAUGUCAAGCUGAAGCAUGCUCGUAACCAGGUUGACACGGAGAUGAAACGUCGUCAGAAGGCAGAAACCGAGUGUGAGCGGCUGGAACGACAGAUUCAGCUAAUCCGAGAGCUCCUCAUAACAGAAGGCUCGACCAGCAUUCAGUUAAAUGAAGAACAGAAGUCUGCUCUUGCUUUUCUCAACCCCAAAUGCUCAAAUUCUAAUGGAUAUACAUCCAACAGACGACUGUCUACAAUUGAUGAGUCUGGAUCAUUUCACUCCGACAUUAGUUACGACAAGACUGAUGACUCAAUGGACUGGGAUUCCUCCAUUGUUAAGACUGUCAAGUUAAAGAAAAGAGAGAAAAGACGUUCUUCCAGAGUUCUUGUUGAUGGCCAGCCAGGACCAGCUAAACGGUCACGAUCAACUGAAAAGGCAAACGAUUCUAUUGUGGCUAGAACAACCCUGACAUUGCCUAAUAAUGGCGGACCAAUUGAGGCAGUUUCCACAAUUGAGACUGUGCCAUACUGGACGAGAAGUAGACGUCGAACAGCAAAUCUGAAGGGACAGGAACUUGAUGCCAUUUCAGACACUCCUUCUACCACGCCAUCAACUACCAGCGGAUAUGAUCAGUGUGGUACACCUCAGACUAAUGGAGGAACAAGAAUUCAUGAGUUUGUUUCCAAGACGGUGAUCAAGCCUGAGUCAUGUGUUCCUUGUGGAAAAAGGGUCAAGUUUGGGAAGUUGGCCCUGAAAUGUCGAGACUGCAGAGUUGUAUCUCACCCAGAGUGCAGAGAUCGCUGUCCACUCCCCUGCAUCCCAACCAUGUCAGGAACACCUGUAAGAAUUGGAGAGGGAGUGUUGGCUGAUUACAUCUCUCAAACAUCACCUAUGAUCCCUUCUAUUGUGGUACUUUGUGUCAAUGAAAUUGAGCAGAGAGGCUUGUCUGAGACUGGUCUAUACAGAAUCUCUGGGUGUGAUCGCACGGUGAAAGAGCUGAAGGAGAAGUUCCUGAGAGGGAAGAAUUUGCCCCUACUCAGUAAAGUGGAUGACAUUCAUGCUGUCUGUGGGCUUCUGAAGGACUUUCUGAGGAAUUUGAAGGAGCCCCUUAUCACUUUCAAACUGUAUUCAGCAUUUGUGAAGGCAGCAGAAAUCCCUGAUGAAGAUAAUAGCAUUGCAGCAAUGUACCAGACAAUUAGUGAGCUGCCACAGCCCAACAGGGAUACUUUGGCAUUUCUGAUAAUCCACCUGCAAAGAGUAGCUCAUAGUCCAAACUGCAAGAUGGACAUAGCCAACCUUGCCAAGGUCUUUGGCCCAACAAUUGUUGGUUUCUCGACACCUGAUCCACCUCCUAUGUCAAUGCUGCAAGAAACCAAGCAACAACCAAAGGUGGUUGAGCGUUUGCUAUCUUUGCCAAUGGAGUACUGGAGCCAGUUUACAAUGGUGGAACAGGGGAAUGUGCAUCCAAAUCACAUAAUUGAAAAUUCCAAUGCUUAUAGCACCCCUGAAGUGAAAGUAAGCAUGCUUGGACCACUAACCACCCCCGAGCACCAAAUGAUUGGCAAGACUCCUUCAUCCAGCUCUUUAUCAGCACGAGUCAAAUCCAGUCUGACCAAGACCACUCCCAAGUUUGGAAGCAAAAGCAAAUCAGCUAUAAACUUCAAUCGAACUGGAACCUUUUUUGCAUCUCCGAUGUUGAAAUAAUUGAAAAUUAUUUAAAAUAUCUCAAUCAAGUUCCUAGGACCAUCACAUUAACCAGUUCUGGUUAACUGCUGUUGUUAUUAUCAGCUAUAUAAUACAACUAUUCUAAUAUGAUAGAAUGUACUUUCCAUAUGACUUUAAAUAUAAUUGAUGUAGUUAAUGGUGGUACUUUGUUUAAAAAAUGCUAAGAUUAUUUUUAAAUGGCUACAAUCUUUGUAAAACCAUUGCUAACCAAUAAUGUGUGGGUAGAAACUAACACUAAUAGGUGAGAAAAAAAGUUUGUUUCUCAGUCCAAGGCUUUGAGAGCUGUUAAAUGCAGGAUGGGGGAUAUUUACAGCUAAAUCAAAAGAUUAAUCCAGGAGAUAAUGCUGCUGCCUCUAUAUUUGUCUUGGUCUGCUGGAAUUUUAUUUCUAUAAUUGCCUGUUUCUGGAGUUAAUAAUUAGGACAAUAAUACAAAUAAAACAUACUGCCUGUAGCCCUGAGAUUGGGCCUACAAUGAUGCAGACAAAAUAUUAUCUAUUAAGUGCUUGCAUUUUUCGAUAGCAGCUCUGAAAAUUAGUCAUUUUCAUGUAAUCUGUGUGCAGUUUCAUACCGUUAGCAGCUCCUGGACUUUGAUUUGAUUCCAUGCCUUUGUACUUUAAUAGGAGUCUACCAUAAAGCAAGCUGCCAUUGAGUUGAUUUUAUCCUUGCAGGCUUUCAAUCCAUUGCAGGCAGCUGCCAAUUUUUAACCCAAUUAAUCCCAUUGGCAGCAGUUUUUAAUCCAGUUAUAAAGCAAUCUUUGUUUUUAAACCUAUUGGUUUUGCUAUAAAACUAGCUUUAACAUCAACAGUUGACAAGCCAAUUGAAUCACCAUUGCCUGAAGGCAUAUGAGGUGCUCAAUCUGUGCACAAUGGUGUAUUUUUUUUUUGAAUUGUCAAUGCAAAGAAAAUUAUCUCCAAAAUGCACUUUUUACACCAUUCGGAGUACUGAACUCCAAAAUCUUAAAAUGUCAGGUUAUCAUACAGUUUAAGAGUAGUUGCAUUGCAUUUUGUGAUUUGUUUGCAGCAAAUUUAAAUCUAUUUGCUCCAGAUGCUUUCUAAGCCAUUUAACCAGAGACUGAUUUUCAUGAGAACGAUGUUUUAUCUUUAUGCAUGGAUCCUCUUUAUUUUGUGAACAUUGUGACUUCUCUAUUUUGAAGUGCCAAAUAUGUGCACAGAAUGAUGCUAAUCUUUGAUUUGAAAUGUACUGUACAUUACUGUACUUAAAUGGUAUGUUAAUAUACUUCUGUGAUACGUAGUAAUAUGCUUCUAUAAUGUGGUAGUAAUAUUGUGCUGAAUUAUCGAAUACAUUCAAUGCCUAAGUAGAAUAUUUUGACCAAAAGUUAAAGCACAUUGACCCUGAAUUACGCAGACAUGAUUCUAAACUAGAUUAUGGUGUAAUAUUUAUCAAGAUUUUAUACAGCAUGUAAAUAUGUUUUCCUUGAAAUUGGGUUUUUUUUUGGUUAUUUGAAUUAUGGUAAUUAUAAAAUGGCCUGCAUCAAAGAUUUCCUGUCCUCUUGAAAUUUGCCUUACCAGUACCGUAACAUUGUCAUCAAGCAUAUUUGUUGAGCUGUGGUAAAACAUCUGUUGGAAACUUUAAGAGCCAAUCAUGUUAACUAAUGAAAAUUAAAAGUCUGAAGUGCUCAUAACCAACUGAGAAUGUCUGUGGAGGAUCAUUGCUGAUUCAUUGAUCAAUGGUAAAAAUUGAAUGCAUUCUUAAAUGGUAAAGUGUGCUUUAUGUAGUUUUCACUGUCAUGUGCCCCAAUAUUUCAAAAGUUUCAGUUUUAAUAACAGCAGUGAAGAACUCUUGUGUUUGC